AAUUUCUUUUUACUAUUCCAUUUGCACAAGUACGGUACUAGUGUAGUUCGGUGAAGAUUCAAGGGUGAAUCCUGCUUAGAUUUUGGAUUUUUGGUAACCAAUUGUUAUGUGAUUGUUUAAGCUUUGAACGAAUAAGUUUACGGAAACGUUUUAAUCAAGCUCUUAUCGUUGCUUCCUGAUAAGAGUUUAAUUUGAUUACUUUCGGGAACACCCUUGUUAAAAACGCACAGAUCACACCCAUGUCUAAACUAACAUCGUUAAUUAGACAAACCUGCCUUCUAAAGCACCCAAUUGGACGACCCAAUAUUGCAACAUCUGUGAACAAUCAUCGAUGUGUUCAUAGUCAUGAGCAGACCGCCGCACGUUACGUAGUAAAACGAGAGGUCGAGGAAGUUAAAAUCCCGGUUCCGUAUGGUGAAAUCGCUGGAAAAUGGUGGGGACCAAAGGACGUUCGACCAAUCAUAUCCCUGCAUGGAUGGCAAGACAACGCAGGGACAUUUGAUACUCUGAUACCACUACUGCCACAUCACAUAAGCUUUUUGGCGAUCGACUUCCCGGGACAUGGUUUGUCAUCUCGUAUCCCCGACGGAAUGUCAUACCAUACGCAUGACAGCGUUUAUCUGCUGACACUCAUCAUGAAGGAGUACAACUGGAAUAAAAUCUCAUUGUUAGGGCACUCCAUGGGCUCAAUAAUUGGCAUGGUUUUCUCGUCGAUAUUUCCCGAUAAGGUUGAUUUGUAUAUUGGUAUAGAUGCUCUAAAACCGCACAUAGGUAACCCUGCAAAACUGGCAGAGCGACUGAACAAAAAAAUACCCGAGAUGCUUAUUGCUGACAUUCGAAAUCGAGAGAAGCAGGAACCACCGUCAUAUAAUUAUGACGAGCUCGUAGAACGACUUCACCAAGCAACGAACAAAUCAGUAACUAAGGAAGCAGCGCCCUAUCUGCUAGAGCGAAACAUAAAAAAAUCAUCGAAAAACCCGGAUAAGUACUACUUUGCCCGUGACAGCCGACUCAAGCACAGCGUCGGUGUUGGUUGGGGGCAGGAUGUUAAUUUAGAGCUGGCCAAAAGAAUGACUAUGCCUUACAUGUUCAUCAAAGCGCUACACUCGCCGUACUACGAGGAUAAGAAGUACUUUGAGGAGUACGUCAAGGUUGUGAAAGAGGUUAAUCCAUUGUUCGAGCUGGAGUUUGUGGAUAGUACACAUCACCUGCACCUGACCGAACCGCAGAAGAUUGUCCCGAUGAUAACGAAAUUCUUGUGCAAACACUGGCAGAAGCAGGAAAUAUAAACGACGUUCGUUCUGCUGGUUUGACUGUGUAUA